GUUCCAAUCAAACUUUUUUAUAUUUGGUGUCCAGCGAUCAUGUCUUCUGAAAAUGAACAACAGCAAUAUUCUGUAUUGCCUAAAUCUAUGUCUGGUGGACCACAUGGUUUAGGCGACCCGACAAGCAAAGAUCUCAGGGUAGUUGAAAAGGAAGUCGUUAUUGGGAAAAUUAUGAAAAAAGUUGCACAUGAGAGAUGUAGAGAGGUUGUUAAAGCGUUUAAUGAAUGUGGAAAAAACAAUGGUCUUCUAAUGCCCUUCAAAUGUCGCAAGGAGAAUGAUCAGAUGAAGAAAUGUCUGACCAGAUGGUAUCAAGAUGACGAAUUUAGAGCUGAAUGUACACAGAUGUAUUUAGAUGAAAGAUCGGAAUAUCGAAGAACUGGUAUAAGUAAAAUUCCUCCAAAAAGAGGCGCAAAACCGCCUCAAUCAUAA